AUCGCGCGAAUUCCGAACCCCACCAGUUCUGGUUCACCUCGUCGGCCAACGGCCAUGCUACAUUACAGUUACAGCACGCCGCAGCCCUCCCCGCCGAUGUCACCGCUCAUUGGCCCCGAGACGCCCCGCACCCCGGCCUCCGUGCCGUCGCCGCUGCCGCCGGCCUCGCCGCGGCCCGCGAUCACGCUCACCGCGCCGCCGUCGUCCAACAAGCGGAGGCGCCGCGGCGCCGCGGGGGCCGCGCGCUCCUCCCUGCGCGCCAUCCGCGCUGUGCGCGCGCUGUUCCGGUCCCUCCCGAUCCUCGCGCCGGCGUGCCGCUUCCCCGGCGUCAUCCCGUGCCACGGCGGCGGCGGGACGAGGGGACACGGCGGGCACCACCACAUCGGCGGCGCGUCCCGCACGACGGGGACGCUGUUCGGGCACCGCAGGGCGCGGGUGACGCUGGCGGUGCAGGAGACGCCCGGGAGCGUGCCCGUGCUGCUGCUGGAGCUCGCCAUGCAGACCGGGAGGUUCAUGCAGGAGAUGGGCGCCGAGCACCUGCGCGUCGCGCUCGAGUGCGAGAAGAAGCCCCCCGGCGCCGGCCGCGCCGGCAUCGGGCGCACCAGGCUGCUCGACGAGCCGCUGUGGACGGCCUACGUCAACGGACGUAAGAUCGGCUACGCCGUGCGCCGGGAGCCCACGGAGGGCGACCUCACGGUCCUGCAGCUCCUGCGGACGGUGUCGGCAGGCGCCGGCGUGCUGCCGGCCGAUGUCGUGGGCGCUGGAGGCGCCGCCCCCGAAGGGCAGGAGGCCGGCGACCUGGCGUACAUGCGCGCGCACUUCGAUCGCGUCGUGGGGUCCCGGGACUCGGAGUCGUUCUACAUGCUCAACCCUGACGGCAACAACGGGCCGGAGCUUAGCAUCUUCUUCAUCAGGAUAUGACAAUUGUGACAAUUCCUUUCACAUUUUUGGAGUUUUUAUAUGACUGAGAUUAGUGAGCAGAAGAUAGUUUUUAUAAGCAGGUAGAUUUGCUGCACAGAUAGCUCGAUGCCCUGUUUCUUUGUGUCUGAAAUCAAAAUUCCCAGUCCUGUGCUGAUUUGAUGCUCUGUU